AUGCGCCAAGCAUGGGUAAGCAUGAAGCCGCUGUCGACACAGUUCUUGUACCCACUGACUUUAAGGACUUUGAGGGUUUGGGCUACAGAGCCGUGCGAUGAUAUUAUGACAUAUAUCUGGAGUAAAGGCCUCGGUGAUACGGUUUUGGAAGCCGUUCCACUUGAGGAGAUACGAUCCGCAGCGGACGGCCGCGUGCCAGAUGGUCUCCCUAAAAAUUCAAUUCUGGUCGGCCUUGCCGAGGUUGGAAGAGAGAUGGAUCGCUUUCGACAUUACUCUAUUCAUAAGAGAUACCUGCAGUAA